CGAUGCCCGGAGGAGCCCAGCCCUGCCCGGCGGCGGCGGCGGGGGCGGCGGGGGCGGCGGCGGCGGCGCGGCCCCGGAACUCCGGGCGCCACCUCGCACCGGGAACUUGGGGCACGGCCUCUGGGACCCCGUGCCACCCGACAGGCAGGAUGGUGCUGGCCAUGAGCCCCCCGGCUCCCUUCUGCUGAUGUGCCCGGCCCACACCCACCAUGCCGUCCACCAUCUCGGCCUUCCAGGCUGCCUACAUUGGCAUUGAGGUGCUCAUCGCUCUGGUCUCCGUGCCCGGCAACGUGCUGGUGAUCUGGGCCGUCAAGGUGAACCAGGCUCUGCGGGAUGCCACCUUCUGCUUCAUUGUGUCCCUGGCGGUGGCGGACGUGGCCGUGGGGGCGCUGGUCAUCCCGCUGGCCAUCCUCAUCAACAUUGGGCCACAGACCUACUUCUACACCUGCCUCAUGGUGGCCUGCCCGGUCCUCAUCCUCACCCAGAGCUCCAUCCUGGCCCUGCUGGCCAUCGCUGUGGACCGCUACCUCCGCGUCAAGAUCCCGCUCAGGUACAAGACGGUGGUGACCCCACGGAGAGCAGCCGUGGCCAUCGCCGGCUGCUGGAUUCUCUCCCUCCUGGUGGGCCUGACCCCUAUGUUCGGCUGGAACAACUUGAGCGAGGUGGAGCGGACCUGGGCGGACAAUGGCAGUGCAGGGGAGCCGGUGAUCAAGUGUGAGUUUGAGAAGGUCAUCAGCAUGGAGUACAUGGUCUACUUCAACUUCUUCGUGUGGGUGCUGCCGCCGCUGCUCCUCAUGGUUCUCAUCUACCUGGAGGUCUUCUACCUGAUCCGCAAGCAGCUCAACAAGAAGGUGUCCGCCUCCUCGGGCGACCCCCAGAAGUACUAUGGCAAGGAGCUGAAGAUCGCCAAGUCGCUGGCCCUCAUCCUCUUCCUCUUUGCCCUCAGCUGGCUGCCGCUGCACAUCUUGAACUGCAUCACCCUCUUCUGCCCCACCUGUCAGAAGCCCAGCAUCCUCAUCUACAUCGCCAUCUUCCUCACGCACGGCAACUCGGCCAUGAACCCCAUCGUCUAUGCCUUCCGCAUCCACAAGUUCCGAGUCACCUUCCUGAAGAUCUGGAACGACCACUUCCGCUGCCGGCCGGAACCGCCCAUCGACGACGAUGACCUCCCUCCAGAGAAAGCCGAUGACUAGACCGCCCUCGGCACCCCAGCAGCCCAGCCCUCCCGUCCCCACGGGCCCACGGCUCUCCCCCGAGCCUCUCCCCAGCUGGGGGCUGUGCUGGGUGGGCUCCGGGGAGGAUGUUGAGCUCCCCUCCACAGGGAGCGACCCCCACCCCCUGCACCCCGGGGGGCCGCGGGGAGGUGUGGGAGGGCAGGCCGUGAGGAAAGCGCCGCCCUGCCCUCUGCCUGACCCUCUCAAGAGCAGCCCGGCAGCGGGCCCUGGGUGCCUGUCCGUGGCGGCGCCCUUGGGAUGGAGAGGAUGAGGGGGUUUCCACGGGGGGGUCACGCUUGGUAGAUGCCGAUCACCCAGGGAUCGAUCUUGAGUUGAGGAUUGCUUCUGAGGUGAAGGAAUGAGGGAGACUGGGGGAGGUCCUGGCUUUGCUUUCUCUCCUGGAGCAGCAAAGGGUCAGCAAGCAAGGAGGCUCAGUUCCCACCCGCAAGGAACCCGCCGCCAUGCCGGUGCACACCUUGCUCUGAGCAGCCCAGACUUUACGCUUGGGAGAGGCAGCGAGCGGGGCCCGGAGGUAAUUUCUCACAUCUGCCCUUGGGCAGAAGCAGAGCUUCUGAGCCCCUGGGCAAUGAGUGUGGUAUGGUAAGUGCUGACCUCCGUCGCUAGGGGGCAGCACCGAGUCCCCCCCCUUGUGGGCCUUGCAAGUAGGCUCUGGUGUCACUUCCUGUCACCUGGGCCACCUAGCUCCACCAGCCCUUAGUGACGGGCCUGCAUGCUCCUCCGUGACAUGGUCUCUGCUGCUACUGGGUCAGAUAGAGAGAACCCGAGUCACCCCAACUCUUGGGAGCCCUCUGAGCUCCUGGACUCAGUAUGGCUGGUGGGAGCAGGCCAGAGGAGAUCACCUCCCGAUGGUGUGGAGAGAGUCUUGCUGGCCUAAAGUUCAAUAUUCUAAAUGCCCCUGGUAUUUAGCUCAGUUUUCAAGGGCUCUGGAAGCUCUGCCGCAGACUCUGCUUAGGUCUUUGGGGGUCUGGGCUAGGACCGCCUCAUCCCCUGUCAAGGCGGGCAGGGGAGGGAGGGGAUUGUUAUACUGACAGGUCCAGAGUGUGAAUAAUUACUCUAGGCCCAGAUUCCAGGCCCUGCCCUCUGUCCGGGAUGGGGUGUCCCUGGCUCUCAAGGGAGCCCCAUGUGACUAAUAAAAGACUGUGAACCCUCA